GCACUCAAAAUAGAAGAAUUGCAAGAAGCUUUAUGUAAAAAAGAAGAAGACAUGAAACAAAUGGAAGAACGAUACAAAAAAUAUUUGGAAAAGGCUAAAAGUGUCAUCCGUACUUUAGAUCCCAAACAGAACCAAGGUUCAGCACCUGAAAUUCAGGCACUGAAGAAUCAACUGCAGGAACGUGAGAGGAUGUUCCAUUCCUUAGAGAAAGAAUAUGAAAAGACAAAGAGUCAAAGAGAAAUGGAGGAGAGAUACAUUGUCAGUGCCUGGUACAAUAUGGGGAUGACUCUUCAUAAAAAAGCAGUAGAAGACAGACUUGCUAGUACUGGUUCAGGACAGUCUUUCCUAGCUAGACAAAGGCAAGCCACGAGCACAAGGAGAGCUUAUCCGGGCCAUGUCCAGCCAGCCACAGCAAGGUAGAAAGAGUCCUUGCCUUGCCUUUUGAAUGGAAGCCAUCCUGGAAUCAAGACCUACUUCUGUUAUAAGUGACUGUAUUUCAGGAAAACUUAGCCAGCAUUCUUUCAGUAUUGUCUCUUCAUGUCUCAUUUCCAGAAGAGGUUUUUUUUUUUCUUUUUAACUAUUUUCUUUUCUGGAGUCUUCCUUUUGUCUUUUAAUGU